ACUUUAGCACUUCCUCUCAAGUAAUGGCGUCCGUGUGAAACAGUCCUAUCACAAACAUUGAGUCAGUUUAUCAUUAAAACUAACCAACAGAGCCACUAAUAUAGCGAUUUGAACAAGAUGCCGGUGAGUGUAGGACCGUACGGACAGCAGGCUCAGCCCAGCUGCUUUGACAGAGUUAAGAUGGGCUUCAUGAUGGGCUUUGCUGUAGGAAUGGCUGCAGGUGCCAUGUUUGGGACUUUCUCCUGUCUCAGGAUUGGUAUGAGGGGUCGAGAGUUGAUGGGUGGAGUUGGGAAGACGAUGAUGCAAAGCGGUGGUACGUUUGGGACCUUCAUGGCGAUUGGGAUGGGCAUCCGCUGCUGAGAACACACUAAUGCCACUCAAGUAAUAGGACUUUGAAGCAUUUUCCAUUCACCCAUUUGUUAUCACACCCAGAUUCGAGGACACCGGUGUUAAUAAAGAGUAAUAGAAAUGUU